AGUUCAUUAAAGCCUCUCAUUCAGAGUCCAGCUGUCAGUCAGACCCUGACAGAGACCCGGACUCUGAGUUUGAGCUAAAACUCAAAUCUGAACUUUAUUUCCGUCCGAGUCUCACAAACUCACUCAAGUCUCCUCUGACACCCCACAGUCUGUGAAAAUGCCUCUAAUCGAACUGGUGCCGGAUUUGGACCUGGAGCGUUUGGCUCUGGAGCACGUCGUCCCUGCCCUGCUGUCCCGGGGUUUCUACCACGUUGACGGUCUCCUCGGCAACGUGGCCGGGGACGCGGUGCGGGACCAGGUAAAGGACAUGCACCUCUCCGGGGCGCUGCAGGACGGCCGCCUGGCAGGCUCCGUGCCGGGCAUCCACCGGAGGAGCAUCCGUGGGGACAAAAUCGCGUGGGUGAGCGGGACGGAGCGAGGCUGCGAGGCGAUCGGAUACCUGCUGAAUGUGAUCGAUAAGAUCAUCUCCGUGUGCGCCAGCCGGCUCGGGGGCAAAGCCAUCAGGGAGAGGUCCAAGGUAAGAGAGCCAGAUCUGGGUCAAGUUCAUGUCUGGGGGUAGAGGAAGAUUCGGGAGGGAUGAGAGGACAACAGGUGGUUAAAAACACGAGAGUGUCAGGAUUUUUACUUUAAGUGAUCGGAUGCGUGAUCGGAAAGAUCGGAGGGAAAUUUAACAAGAAAAGACGAAAAUAUGAAUCAGGAAAUGGAAGAAUUGAAAUUAUGAACUCAAGUAAAAGCUAAAAUAUGAAAUACAGACAAACUUAAGUAUUUAAAAUUGAGUUUAAGAGGUGAAGAGUGACAUUUUUAAGUUUCUAAAACUGAAUACAAACUGUUUCUGUGUUUUUAUAAAGAAGUCAAAAUCAUUAAAAUAAGCACUUUUUUUUCUAAUUCAUCCAAAACAAUACUUGAUAGAAAAUCAACAGGAAAGACCCUCUGUAAAUAAAACACAUGACAAGAAAGUAAUUUAUGAAAAAGUCUUUAAACACGAUCAGUUUUGGAGAAAUGACAGCCUUAACUCCAAGUUUUAAACACUGAUUUUAUUUUUUUUAAUAAAAAAAAAAAGGAUUUAAGAUGUAAACAAAGAGCCGAAACGAUCAGCUGCUUCUGGGAUUAAAAUUCUACCAAUCAACACAGAUUUACAAAGUUAUUUCCUAAGCAGAAAUGUCAAAUAUUUUCAGGUCUCAGCUCUUAAAUGUCUAUAUUUUAUGAUUUUCUGUGUGACUGUAAAUAAAGAGACUGUUUAUAAACGUCUCUUAAGGUUCUGGGUUUUUUCCACUUUCUGUUUUUAAACUAUAAGAUGACUCAGGACUGUCACGCUGGGGGAUACCCUGAAACACAACAACGUCUCUGUGUUUACUAUCUCGGUGUUUUCAGAAACGCCUCCUGUUGGUUGUUUACAAAAGUUACACCUUUAAUUUUCUUUAUUUUUGUAUGACUGAAAACUUUAAUUAUUUCACAUGAAAAGUUAUUUUUUUACUGAUUAAUUGGCACAAAAAGACUGAAAGCUUCCUCCUCUUUAGUCCCCUCUCACGCUGCCCCCUGGUGGUGCAAACGCUGCAGGUCAGUAGAAGUAGUGUGUUUCCUGAUACAGGUCACUCUGUGGUCACAAACCCACCGAAUCCCCCCACUCUCUUAAACACUAUCAUGUAGAAACAGCAGAGGUGUCAUCGCCGUGUUUCUACGUAUCGGUCCUCUUGGCUGCGGUCCAGAGACCCGGUCUGGGCUCCGAGCCAAAGUCUCAGGAACCAGGACAUGCUCCAGGAAGGGCAGGAAAUGUCCUGUACUAGCUCAAGUCCUCUGGGUGUCCUCUGCAUGUCCUCAUCCCAGAAGUGUGUUUUUUCCCCUCUCAGCCUAUUGUUUAGUUUUUGUGGGUUAAAGUUUGGGUCCAUUUCCCGUAUCGUGUAAGACUUAACCUGAACUACGAUACCGACUGACCCCUCACACCGGCUCAUCUCUGGAGUGAACCACACACUGCGACAUCAUGUUUAUGUUCACUCUUUACACUCUGAGUCUCAAAUUCAACUUUAUUUUAUAUUUUUAUGGAACUUUUUAGACAAGAACAUGUAGUUCAAGGUUUCUCUCAGAGGCUAAAAACAACAAUUAAUAACAAUAAAACCAGAACCUCCCACCCACACACACGGACACACACCCUCCCUCGCACACCCACACAUACACACACAAACACACAAGCGCACACAGAGUGAGAAUUUAAGAUACACUGUAAAAGAGACAUGGCCUGACACCGAGACAUUACGUGAGGAAAGAGUUACCUUUGGGAAACACUGGAGAUAAAAAAUAAAAAAUAAGAUAAAAAAUAAAAUUAAUUAAUUAAAAUAAAUUAAUGAUAAAUAAUAAAUAAAUGAAAAUAAAUAAAUAUAUAAAUACAAUUUUAAAAAAUAAAUAAUAAAUAAAUUUAAAAAUACUUAAAGCUGAUGGACUAAAGCAAUAAAAUAAAAUAAAUAAUGAAAUAAAUAAAUAAAAAUAAAUAAAUGAUAAAUAAUAAAUAAAAAUAAAUAAAUAAAUUAAAAUAAAUAUAUAAAUAAAAAUUUAAAAAAUAAAUUAAAAAAUAAAUUGGACUAAAGCAAUAAAAUAAAAUAAAAUAAACAAAUAAGUCACUCACUCUCUCUGGACUCUCUACCUGAUCUACUCUUGCUGAUCUCCACAGUCACUUUAAUGAGACUGAAACCUCUCUUUACUCAUGCUGCUCUCUCUUCUCUCUCCACACAUCGACUCUCGACACAUGCGUGUGAGAUCUUGAUCUAAAUUGGUUUUCUAUCUGGUUAAAUAAAGAUAAAAUUCCCACUCUCUCUCUUCACCUCCUUCUAUCUUUUCUUUUUAAUGAAGUGUUGUGUUUGUUUCUGUUUGUACUUGUAUUUAUUGUUUCGUUUAUGGACUUUGAGUCCGUCAAUAAAGUCUCUCUCUCUCUCCAUCUUCAGUUUCUUUACCUGCUUCUUUCUACACUUUUUAUUUUAUUAACUACUUUAUUAACAUUUUCAGUUACUUCUCCAUACACUCUCGACAUUUGCUACUCCUUACUCUCUAUACUCUCUAUUUCUACUUUUUAAACUCUCUCUUUAGUUUCCAUUCUCUACAGUUUUCAUCUCUCUUUAUAUUCGCUAACACACACACCUGUUUCCACACCUGUCACGUCUGACAUUUCUAUGCCCUCCACCUUUUCCACGUCCUUCCUCUAUACUCUCUAUAUCUCUCUAUAUCAUAUUUAAUCCAUUUAAGAAAAAUAACCUGAUCUAAAACAGCUUAAAUUAAAAUAAAACAUUAUCCUACUCGUACUGAAUUAGUCAGUUAUUAACAUACAUAUGUAUAUAUAACACAUAUAUUUAUGUAGUUUUGAUCUACAUUUCCUUUUCUUUAGCAUCAUAUUAAAAACCCUGCUCUCUCAUUGGUCGAGGGUUUUUUAGGGGCGGUCUCUUGUUGGUCGUGGAGGCGUGUCGAUGUAUCAGUGGACUUUCUCACGUACACACACACACAAACACUCACUCAAUUAUUCGCUGCCUCAUUCACACACGUACACACAAACACUGAUUUACAGUAUCCUCUUCCCUUCUUCAGAAACACACGUACACACACACACACACACACACACACACAUAUUUCCAGCAUGUCAUCCCCAUCUGCACGUGCGGCGGUGUACAGCGAGCCCUCAUCUCAAGCGUCUGUCUUUGUUAUCAGAUGGAACUUCCUUAGAAAACAAACCAGUCACAAUGGGGAAUAGGCAAACACACACACACACACACACACACACACACACACACACACACACACACACACACCCUCCCAGCAUGUCUGCCUUUCCUGCACGUGUAGCUGUGUACAGUGAGGGCUCAUCACACACGCCUUUUCUUAUCAAAUGGACAUUCUCAAAAACACGAGAUGACCCAAUUACAGUGUACCGAGUACGCCCACACGCACACACACACACGCACACACACACACACACACACACACACACACACACACACACACACUGAAACACACACACACACACACACACAAACAAGAGUUUCAAAAGGCAGGAAGAGAAGCUUUUGUCCUCUUCCAGGUUUUGUAAAAGUAGAUAAUCAACGAGUCGUCAACGGCAGCAGAACCAGGACCGGUCUAAACCCAAAGAACAGAACCAGGACCGGUCUAAACCUGUAACUCUUAAGUUUUAACAAAGCGUUUUUAAAUUUAGUCUUAAAAGUGGAGAAAGUGUGUUUGGACCCUGAUUGGAAAAGAGAGGGGUCUGAUGACUCCCGUACUUUUAGAGACUCUAGAGACCAGGAUCAAGUCUGCAGUGUGGGUACAUGAUGGUCUAGAGGGGAAACCAGAGCGCAGUUCUGCGGUGAAGCCCUAAUGUAAUCCAAGAGUUUCUCGAUUAUUAUUAUUAUUUUCAUUAUUGUUGAAAUUUGACCCCCUGAAUGGCCUCAAAAACUCACGAAAAUUUGCAGGCGAAAAUCGUAAUGUUUGAAAGUGACAAAAAAAAAAAAAAGAGAACAAACAUUGUCGACUUUUUCCGAUCUGCCUGAAAUUUUACAGGCGUGUGUACCGUAAUGAGAUCUUUGAUUUUGCGCGCCUGGACUGUUUUUUCUCAGACGCACAGUUAAAGAGUUAUUCCGCUGUUUUUGGCCCAUUUUUGCCAUUUGCAUCGCGCCUAACGCUACUUGUUCCCGGCUAGUUUUCUAAAUUUCUAAACUUUUAACGUGUUUUUUUAAUGCAUGUUUUUUUUUUUGUUGUUUUUUUCCAUAAAUUUUGUGGAAACGUCGUUUUUUAAAGUCUAAUGUGCUCAAAAUAAUCUGUUAUUUACCUCGGUCCAACUGACGAUUUGACUUUUAAGACACGUUAGUAUGAAUGAAACAGUGCGCUAGAUAGUCAGACACACCUGGAUAACUCGGUGUUUACAUCGAUCGACGUACUUUCUAGCAGACUUGUUUGAAACACAACUUAAUGCAUGUAAAGAUAAUGUUUGUAGAUUAAUUUUUAUCUUAAAAACUGUUUCUUCAGAAACAAAAAAGCUCUUAUAAUUAGAAAAUUACAAUACAGAGAAAAUUUGGAAAGUGAUUUAUUAUCUUUAAGAUUAAUUUCUCUCUUUUUUUGCACAGAUAGGUUUUUACAUAUGUUGCACAUAUGUGAACUUAACAGUAAGAGAUGAGAAGAUUUCUGGAUCUGGUAGAUCUGAUUUCUGACUUAUUAUCCUGAUUUUAUCUGGUUUUAUUCUCUGAACUAUAAAUCAAAGUUAUGGACCAUAAAUUAGGAUGAAUCCCGGUUAACGUCCCGACCCCCCGUGUUUGUCCCGGGGCAGAAACGGCCCAACAGUCUUCUCCACGCUCCACACGUAGCUCUGUUAUUAAACCAUCAUCAGGCUGGAAACCUGCCAAACAGCAGCUCAGACGUCACCGCACACACCCCUGAUCCCUCCGUCCUCCCCGCCCUCCGGCUCCCUCCACUUUAGCAGAAAGAUAAAAUAAAAUUCAAACGGCGUCCUGGAGGCGUUUUUGUUCCCUGCAUUUUUUCCCACACACAUCCUCCCCACCCCCCUGUAUCCCUGAACAUAAUAUCACAGCACCACAUCUGCACUAUAUGAUGUGUGUGUGUGUGUGUGAAUGCCUCAGUGGCAGUGUGUAAACAGUCCUGCAGGGUUUGCCCACUUCUUUGACGUUAGCCGGCGAGCCCACGAACGUCACCCUGGAGCCUGACGUGAGUCGGCCUGGAGCUCAUUCUCUCCUCCUGAUACGAUCUUCCAUGUUGAUUUUCAGCCGUCAUAUAUGUUCAGGUGUUUUUUAACACGGUUCACCUUCAAAAUAAGAGUCUUUGACAACAGACAUAAAGAUGUGCGUUUCUUUAUAGACUCUUAAAAACUUUGUGCCACACCUUUAAACAGAAGUUUGUAAUUUGGACCAAAUCAAGUAUUUUUAAGUGUUUUUGUCUCAAACUUUAAGAUAAAAAUCGACCUGAAGAGUUUAACAUGAAGAGACUGAUCACAGGACUGUAAACAGACUAAUUUAGAUCCUUUUUGACUUUAAAGUCUCAAUCAGGAGUUAUUUUUUAAACUUUUUAACAGGAACUAAAGGAUUUUUAUUGACCUGCGGUGGUUUGCAGAACUGGAAAUGUAUAUAUUUUAUAUUUUGGCGUCUAAACAGCUGAUUUGAUGAUAAAUUUCUGCAGAGUGCAUCGUCCUGCAAAGACUGAUGAAUAAUCUCUGAGGAUUAGAUAAAGUCAACCAGCAGAGAAGAAGAUUUCUGGUCGACCUCUGAGAUAUUCCGUUUGAGUUUUUGUCACAAAUAAUCAGUUUAAAGUUUAUUUUGAAUGAACUCCUUUUCAGUGACGUUUGGUGACCUCCAUGAGCUCGAGUUAAAGAAGUUAAAGAAGUUAAAGGAGGAGUUUCUUUAAACUUUUAAUAAUAAUCUGAGCCUGAAAGAGUCAAAAACUGAGCUUCCUAACAGAGCAAUCGCAGCGUGAAAACUGAGCCCACAGAGAGACUCUGUCGUCCCUGAAACAGCGGGAUAAUCUGAGGCUGCAGCCGCCAAACGUCCUGGAAUAACCUCCCCGAGGAUCAGCUGCUCAUUGUUGCUGGAAGGAAACUCACAGUUUGGCUCUUUUGUUGACUUUGACACAGAAACUCAUGUCUGAUUGUCCGCCGCUGCUUCCUGCUGGGGUCACGAGGGGGGUGGGGGCGGGGUCGGGGGUGUUCCCCGCGGGCGCUGUACGACGGACGCUGAAGUGUUUGAGCGUCACGUGAAGUUUGGAAAGCCACACGAACAACUCGUGUUUGUUUUAGGAGUCUCAAAUCUAAACCGAGUGAAUUCAGAUUCCAAACGAGGCCGUAAACGCCACAGGAAGUCCGUUAGGACGCGGUUCGAGGAGAUCUCUGUGGACCUGUGAGGGAACUCUGCAGAGAAAAACCACAAUCCCUAUAAAAGCAGCUGAUCCUCCUGUUAACAGUCUGAAUACACACAACCAUCAGGACCUGUUGUACUACUUUACACACACACACACACACACACACACGCACACACACACACACACACACGUAUGAUCUGUGGACGUGCAGCUGAAGACGUAGACACAAAACCACAACACACCCCUGAUAUUUACCAGAAAUAUUAGCAAAUAAUCCUCCCACACACACACACACACGUGCACACACACACACGUACACAAAAGCAGACACACAGGAAGUUGGUGUAAUCUCGUCUGUCAGCAUACCUCUGUCAGCCUCAUGUUUCAUCAUGUGUUCAUCUCUUCCUUCACCUUCGUCACCUUAAAACCUCCGUCUCUCUCUUUCUCUGUUCUCAGGCCAUGGUGGCGUGUUACCCUGGAAACGGGGCGGGUUACAUCAAACACGUGGACAACCCGAACUUCGAUGGACGCUGCAUCACCUGCAUCUACUACCUCAACAAGAACUGGAACCGUCAGGUACGUUCAGGGACCUCCGCUCGUCACUCUUUGUCCUCUCGGACUUUUUGACCAUAUAUGGAAGUGUAACCUCCUUAUAUGGUCAUACACUUUUGAUAUCGUGAGUUUUGAUGAAUAUUUAAGAGAUAACAAAAACAAAAAAAGUCCCACUUUUUACAGAACUUUUUAAGACUUUUUAAUUCGUUCGUACCGCUUUUUUAACGGAUCGCAGUUUAUUUAUCGAGACCUGGAGAAGUGGGCGGGGCUAAGCAGUGUGGCCUUGAACUAGUUCAGGUCUUACCUGAAAACUGUUUGGCUGUGUCAGCAGCAGGUGUAGUUUCAUCUGUGGUGAUUGUGACUCAAAUAUACCUCGUGGGGUACCACAGGGCUCAGGUCUGGGUCCUCCCCUUUUUUUUCUUUUGGUGAUAUUAUCACUUUACGCCGAUGAUACACAACUGUACGUCCAAUCAGAUGUGGUCCGAUUUGUCCGAAGCUUGUCUCGUUGUGGCGUUCCCAUCAGCUGAUCUUCGUGUUGUUGUUUUUGUCCAUCAGGAGCACGGCGGGAUCCUCCGAAUCUUUCCAGAGGGGAAAUCCUACGAAGUCGAUAUCGAGCCGCUCUUCGACAGGCUGCUGUUCUUCUGGUCCGACCGCAGAAACCCACACGAGGUGCAGCCCUCCUACGCUACCAGGUAAACGAGCCGCGUGACUUUAGUCCUGAAAAAAAACUAUAAAAAUAAGAAAAUCUAUGAUGUGACGCUUGUGUUGGAGGAAAUGACUUCAUGUUUGUUUGUUUGUUUGUUUGUUUUCAGGUACGCCAUCACAGUUUGGUAUUUUGACUCUAAGGAGCGCGCCGAGGCAAAGAGGCGCUUCCAAGUCCUAAGAGGUACAGAAACUCACAGAAACAUGAAUUUAAAGGGUCAAAAGUUUAUUAAAAGAAGUUUAAAACUUUAUAAUCAACAUGAGAAAGAAUGAAACCUUCACUUUUGUUAGUUUAUGUGUUUUAAAACCCGAUAACACAGAAUAUCACUGAACUUUGACUCCAGUUUCACGGGUUUAUUCAUGUGUUUGUCUGUUUUGUGUUUCAGCCCCGACUCUGCAGGAGGACGGCACCUCCAGCUGAUCCACAGGAGGAAUCAUCACCCGGUUUUUGAUUGGCUGAUGUGCAUGUGAGGACGGCGGGACUCCUCCUCACCGUCAGAGCUUCUUAACAGCUGACAGAAAAGACAAAAAAACAGUUUGAAGGAGGUUCGGAUCUGUAAGAACCUCCCGUCUACACUGCUGUCGCCUGACUCGUGAUGAGUUCAGGGGACCUUCAGCUGCUUGGGACUUUUCCUGCUCGACACGAUGAUCGUGAUCUUCUCUCUGCUGACUUCUGAGAGCCCUACUGAGACGAGAAAGAGCGGACUGCACCUUUUAAGCUUUGCCUUCAGCUCACUUUGGAGAUGGACAUGACAUGGCAGAAGGAGUUUGAGGUUUACAGACAGAAAGACUUUGAACAUGUUUGGGUUGUUUCAUGCUGUACUCUGUGUGUGUUUAAUGUCUUUCCAAACCUGUGGACGGAACUGAAAACAGACACGUGGGAGAUUUUAUAUUCAAACAGAAACUUUAAAGAAACUUUACUGCUCAUAGGAAAAGUAUAAAAAGUUUUAAAGUACAUUAACCAACAUGUUCCAGCUGUCAUAUCUACUGUAUGUUCCAGUAAUAAAACAGAUGAUUAAAGUCAAACUGUGUCUGCUGAGUCUUCCUGGUCAUAAAACUCCUGCUAAAAGGAGCCUUUGGUUCUUGGACUUACAGUAUAAAAAAUUGUCAUUGUAUAGGAUGUUGAAAAUGUCACAUUUUACAUUAUAAAACAUAAUAUAGUUUGAAACAAAUAAAAUGGCAUAGUAUAGCAAAAUAAAAAUAGAACAUUUUUGUAUAAAAAAAUGUCAUAGUAUAGUAUGACAAAAAUUUUGCAUUUUGGUGUAAAAAAAAUGUUUUCAUUUUUGGAACGAAAAAAAUGUCAUAGUAUAGUAUGAUAAAAAUGUCACAUUUUGGUAUGAAAAAAAAAAUCUUAUUUUGGGAUGAAAAAAUGUCAUAGUAUAGUAUGAUAAAAAAAAGGUCAUAGUAUAGUAUGAUAAAAAUUUCACAUUUUGGUAUGAAAAAAAAAUCAUUGUUUGCGAUUAAAAAAUGUCAUAGUAUAGUAUGAUAAAAAAAGGUCAUAGUAUAGUAUGAUAAAAAUUUCACUUUAGCAAUGGAAUUUUUUUUUUAAAUUUUUGGGAUGAAAGAAAUGUCAUAAUAUAGUAUGAUAAAAAAGGUCAUAGUAUAGUAUGAUAAAAAUUUCACAUUUUGGUAUGAAAAGAAAUCAAAUUUUGGGAUGAAAAGAAAAUCAUAGUUUGGGAUUAAAAAAUGUCAUAGUAUAGUAUGAUAAAAAAAGGUCAUGGUAUAGUAUGAUAAAAAUUUCACAUUUUGCAAUGGAAUUUUUUUUUAAUUUUGGGAUGAAAGAAAUGUCAUAGUAUAGUAUGAUAAAAAAUUCACAUUUUGGUAUGAAAAAAAAAAUCAAAUUUUGGGAUGAAAACAAUGUCAUAGUAUAGUAUGACAAAAAUUUCACAUUUUGGUGUAAAAAAAUGUUUUCAUUUUGGAACGAAAAAAAUGUCAUAGUAUAGUAUGACAAAAAUUUCACAUUUUGGUAUGAAAAAAAAUCAUAGUUUGGGAUUAAAAAAUGUCAUAGUAUAGUAUGAUAAAAAAGGUCAUAGUAUAAUAUGAUAAAAAUUUCACUUUUGCAAUGGAAUUUUUUUUUUUUAAAUUUUUGGGAUGAAAGAAAUGUCAUACUAUAGUGUGAUAAAAAAGGUCAUAGUAUAGUAUGAUAAAAAUUUCACAUUUUGGUAUGAAAAAAAAAAUCAUAGUUUAGGAUUAAAAAAUGUCAGUAUAGUAUGAUAAAAAAAAUGUCAUAGUAUAGUAUGAUAAAAAUUUCACAUUUUGCAAUGGAAUUUUUUUCAAAUUUUUGGGAUGAAAGAAAUGUCUUAAUAUAGUAUGAUAAAAAGGUCAUAGUAUAGUAUGAUAAAAAUUUCACAUUUUGGUAUGAAAAAAAAACAAAUUUUGGGAUGAAAAGAAAAUCAUAGUUUGGGAUUAAAAAAUGUCAGUAUAGUAUGAUAAAAAAGGUCAUAGUAUAGUAUGACAAAAAUUUCACAUUUUGCAAUGGAAUUUUUUUUUUAAUUUUUGGGAUGAACGAAAUUUCAUAGUAUAGUAUGAUAAAAAUUUCACAUUUUGGUGUAAAAAAAUGUUUUCAUUUUGGAACAAAAAAAAUGUCAUAGUAUAGUAUGACAAAAAUUUCACAUUUUGGUAUGAAAAAAAAAAUCCUAUUUUGGGAUGAAAAAAUGUCAUAAUAUAGUAUGAUAACAAUGUCAUAGUAUAGUAUGAUAAAAAUUUCACAUUUUGGUAUGAAAAAAAAAUCAUAGUUUGGGAUUAAAAAAUGUCAUAGUAUAGUAUGAUAAAAAAAGGUCAUAGUAUAAUAUGAUAAAAAUUUCACUUUUGCAAUGGAAUUUUUUUUUUAAUUUUUGGGAUGAAAGAAAUGUCAUAGUAUAGUGUGAUAAAAAAAGGUCAUAGUAUAGUAUGAUAAAAAUUUCACAUUUUGGUAUGAAAAAAAAUCAUAGUUUAGGAUUAAAAAAUGUCAGUAUAGUAUGAUAAAAAAAUGUCAUAGUAUAGUAUGAUAAAAAUUUCACAUUUUGCAAUGGAAUUUUUUUUUAAUUUUUGGGAUGAAAGAAAUGUCUUAAUAUAGUAUGAUAAAAAGGUCAUAGUAUAGUAUGAUAAAAAUUUCACAUUUUGGUAUGAAAAUAAACAAAUUUUGGGAUGAAAAGAAAAUCAUAGUUUGGGAUUAAAAAAUGUCAGUAUAGUAUGAUAAAAAAUGUCAUAGUAUAGUAUGACAAAAAUUUCACAUUUUGCAAUGGAAUUUUUUUUUUUAAUUUUUGGGAUGAACGAAAUUUCAUAGUAUAGUAUGAUAAAAAUUUCACAUUUUGGUGUAAAAAAAUGUUUUCAUUUUGGAACAAAAAAAAUGUCAUAGUAUAGUAUGACAAAAAUUUCACAUUUUGGUAUGAAAAAAAAAUCAUAUUUUGGGAUUAAAAAAUGUCAUAGUAUAGUAUGAUAAAAAAUGUCAUAGUAUAGUAUGAUAAAAAUUUCACAUUUUGGUAUGAAAAGAAAAUCAUAGUUUGGGAUUAAAAAAUGUCAUAGUAUAGUAUGAUAGAAAAGGUCAUAGUAUAGUAUGAUAAAAAUUUCACUUUAGCAAUGGAAUUUUUUUUUUAAUUUUUGGGAUGAAAGAAAUGUCAUAAUAUAGUAUGAUAAAAAAGGUCAUAGUAUAGUAUGAUAAAAAUUUCACAUUUUGGUAUGAAAAGAAAUCAAAUUUUGGGAUGAAAAGAAAAAAAUAGUUUGGGAUUAAAAAAUGUCAUAGUAUAGUAUGAUAAAAAAAAGGUCAUGGUAUAGUAUGAUAAAAAUUUCACAUUUUGCAAUGGAAUUUUUUUUUAAAUUUUGGGAUGAAAGAAAUGUCAUAGUAUAGUAUGAUAAAAAAUUCACAUUUUGGUAUGAAAAAAAAAUCAAAUUUUGGGAUGAAAACAAUGUCAUAGUAUAGUAUGACAAAAAUUUCACAUUUUGGUGUAAAAAAAUGUUUUCAUUUUGGAACGAAAAAAAUGUCAUAGUAUAGUAUGACAAAAAUUUCACAUUUUGGUAUGAAAAAAAAAUCAUAGUUUGGGAUUAAAAAAUGUCAUAGUAUAGUAUGAUAAAAAAAAGGUCAUAGUAUAGUAUGAUAAAAAUUUCACAUUUGGCAAUGGAAAUUUUUUUUAAAAUUUUUGGGAUGAAAGAAUUGUCUUAGUAUAGUAUGAUAAAAAAGGUCAUAGUAUAGUAUGAUAAAAAUUUCACAUUUUGGUAUGAAAAAAAAUCAUAGUUUGGGAUUAAAAAAUGUCAGUAUAGUAUGAUAAAAAAAAUGUCAUAGUAUAGUAUGACAAAAAUUUCACAUUUUGCAAUGGAAUUUUUUUUUUUAAUUUUUGGGAUGAACGAAAUGUCAUAGUAUAGUAUGAUAAAAAUUUCACAUUUUGGUGUAAAAAAAUGUUUUCAUUUUGGAACAAAAAAAAUGUCAUAGUAUAGUAUGACAAAAAUUUCACAUUUUGGUAUGAAAAAAAAAAUCCUAUUUUGGGAUGAAAAAAUGUCAUAAUAUAGUAUGAUAACAAUGUCAUAGUAUAGUAUGAUAAAAAUUUCACAUUUUGGUAUGAAAAAAAAUCAUAGUUUGGGAUUAAAAAAUGACAGUAUAGUAUGAUAGAAAAGGUCAUAGUAUAGUAUGAUAAAAAUUUCACAUUUUGCAAUGGAAUUUUUUUUUUUAAUUUUUGGGAUGAAAGAAAUGUCAUAGUAUAGUAUGAUAAAAAAGGUCACAGUAUAGUAUGAUAAAAAUUUCACAUUUUGGUAUGAUAAAAAAACAAACUUUGGGAUGAAAACAAUAUCAUAGUAUAGUAGGAUAAAAACUUCACAUUUUGGUAUGAAAAAAUGUCAUAGUAUAGUAUGACAAAAGUUUCACAUUUUUAAGUAUAAAAAAAAAUCAUAUUUGGGGCUGAAAAAAAUUCAUAAUAUAGUAUGAUAAAAAUGCUAUAGUAUAGUAUGAUAAAAAUUUCACAUUUUGUUAUGAAAAAAAAAUCAUAGUUUAGGAUUAAAAAAUGUCAGUAUAGUAUGAUAAAAAAAUGUCAUAGUAUAGUACGAUAAAAAUUUCACAUUUUGGUAUGAAAAAAAAACAAAUUUUGGGAUGAAAAGAAAAUCAUAGUUUGGGAUUAAAAAAUGUCAUAGUAUAGUAUGAUAAAAAAGGUCAUAGUAUAGUAUGACGAAAAUUUCACAUUUUGCAAUGGAAUUUUUUUUUUUAAUUUUUGGGAUGAACGAAAUGUCAUAGUAUAGUAUGAUAAAAAUUUCACAUUUUGGUGUAAAAAAAUGUUUUCAUUUUGGAACAAAAAAAAUGUCAUAGUAUAGUAUGACAAAAAUUUCACAUUUUGGUAUGAAAAAAAAAAUCCUAUUUUGGGAUGAAAAAAUGUCAUAAUAUAGUAUGAUAACAAUGUCAUAGUAUAGUAUGAUAAAAAUUUCACAUUUUGGUAUGAAAAAAAAUCAUAGUUUGGGAUUAAAAAAUGUCAUAGUAUAGUAUGAUAAAAAAAAGGUCAUAGUAUAGUAUGAUAAAAAUUUCACAUUUUGCAAUGGAAUUUUUUUUUUAAAUUUUUGGGAUGAAAGAAAUGUCAUAGUAUAGUAUGAUAAAAAAGGUCAUAGUAUAGUAUGACAAAAAUUUCACAUUUUGGUAUGAAAAAAAAAAUCAAAUUUUGGGAUGAAAACAAUGUCAUAGUAUAGUAUGAUAAAAAUUUCACAUUUUGGUAUGAAAAAAUGUCAUAGUAUAGUAUGACAAAAAUUUCACAUUUUUAAGUAUGAAAAAAAAAUCAUAUUUUGGGCUGAAAAAAAAUCAUAAUAUAGUAUGAUAAAAAUGUUAUAGUAUAGUAUGAUAAAAAUUUCACAUUUUGGUAUGAAAAAAAAUCAUAGUUUGGGAUUAAGAAAUGUCAUAGUAUAGUAUGAUAAAAAAAAAGGUCAUAGUAUAGUAUGAUAAAAAAAAGGUCAUAGUAUAGUAUGAUAAAAAUUUCACAUUUUGCAAUGAAAUUUUUUGUUUAAUUUUUGGAAUGAAAGAAAUGUCUUAGUAUAGUAUGAUAAAAAAGGUCAUAGUAUAGUAUGAUAAAAAUGUCACAGUAUAGUAUGAUAAAAAUUUCACAUUUUGGUAUGAAAAAAAAAUCAUAUUUUAGGAUGAAAACAAUGUCAUGUUAUAGUAUGACAAAAAUUUCACAUUUUGGUAUAAAAAAAUCAUAUUUUGGUAUGAAGAAAAAUCAUAUUUUGGGAUGAAAACAAUGUCAUAGUAUAGUAUCAUAAAAAUUUCACAUUUUGGUAUGAAAAAAAAUCAUAGCUUAGGAUUAAAAAAUGUCAUAGUAUAGUAUGAUAAAAAAAAGGUAAUAGUAUAGUAUGAUAAAAAUUUCACAUUUUGCAAUGGAAUUUUUUUUUUUAAUUUUUGGGAUGAAAGAAAUGUCAUAGUAUAGUAUGAUAAAAAAUGUCAUAGUAUAGUAUGACAAAAAUUUCACAUUUUGGUUAAAAAAAUCAUAGUUUGGGAUUAAAAAUGUCAUAGUAUAGUAUGAUAAAAAUUUCACAUUUUGCAAUGGAAAUUUUAUCAUAUUUUGGAUGAAAAAAAUGUCAUUGUAUAGUAUGAUAAAAAAUGUCAUAGUAUAGUAUGAUAAAAAUGUCAUAGUAUAGUAGGAUAAAAAUGUCAUAGUAUAGUAUGAUAAAAAUGUCAUAGUAUAGUAUGAUAAAAAAUUUCACAUUUUGGUUUAGAAAACAAAUCAUUGUUUGGGAUUAAAUAAUUUCAUAGUAUAGUAUGAUAAAAAUGUCAUAGUAUAGUAUGAUAAAAAUUUCACAUUUUGGUAUGAAAAAAAAUUAUAUUUUGGGAUGAAAAAAAUGUCAUUGUAUAGUAUGAUAAAAAAUGUCAUAAUAGUUUGAUAAAAAAUUCACAUUUUGCAAUGGAAUUUUUUUUAAUAUUUUGGGAUGAAAGAAAUGUCAGUAUAGUAUGAUAAAAAUGUCAUAGUAUAGUAUGAUAAAAAUUUCACAAUUUGGUAUGAAACAAAAUCAUAGUUUGGGAUUAAAUAAUUUCAUAGUAUAGUAUGAUAAAAAUGUCAUAGUAUAGUAUGAUAAAAAUUUCACAUAUUUCGGCAUGAAAAAAAUGUCAUAGUAUAGUUUGAUAAAAAAUGUCAUAGUAUAGUAUGAUACUUAUUUCACAUUGUGCUAUGGAAAAAAUUUUAAUAUUUCAGUAUGAAAAAAAUUUCAUAGUAUUGUAUGGUAAAAUUGCAUAGUAUAUAAAGUAUGAUUAAAAUGUCACAUUUUGAUAUAAAAAACGUCAUGAAAUUGUAUGCUAAAAAUGUUAUAGUACAGUAAGGUCAGAAUGUCACAUUUAACUAUAAAAAAAAUGAUUUUUUUAGUAUGAAAAAAAUUUCACAAAAAAGAUAUAGCCAAAAAAUUAUCACCUUCUUCUGCAAAUGCCUUUUCUUACACUGGUGUGUGUCGGAACUGAGGAGCGCUCUUACAGGAAGGGGGAGCCUAUGGUAGCCUGGAGGCAUGAGCCACGAUAGAGAGAAAUUUUUUUUUGGCUAUUUAAAAAAAUUUUUUUAACAUCAUAAUAUAAUAAUAUGAUUAGGAUUUCAAAUAGAUUAAUCUUGCAGCCCUAGUUAUCAGAGGAGCUUGAUUGAGGUAAUGAGAAAUAAAUGAGGUGUUUAAGAGUCCUCAAAAAUCAAACUGUGAGGACAGAAGCUCUAAAAACAGGGAUUUGGCGCCCUCUGCUGGUGAGGAUGUGCAAUGAGAAGCCAAAGGGGCUUUUAUUUAUGGUUUAUAUUUAUGUCUCUUAUUUUUAAUGUAGGGAUUUAAAGCAGAUAUUUCUCAGUCUUUCAGAAACUUAUGUUUGUUUGUUUAUUUGUUUUCAGGUACGCCAUCAUAGUUUGGUAUUUUGACUCUAAGGAGCGUGCUGAGGUUAAGAGACGCUUCAGAGACCUAAAAGGUACAAAAACUCACAGAAACAUGAAUUUAAAGAGUCAAAAGUUUGUUAAAAGUUCUUCAGGUUUUUAUUUUUGUUUGUUUGUUUGUAGAAGUUUAAAACUUUAAAAUUAUCAUGAGCAAGAAUUGAAAUCUUUACAUGUUAUUAUACGUAAAUUUGUGUGGAAAAGUAAACGCCCAAGACUUAAACUGGAGAAAUUGCAGCUACCAGUAGAGAUAGGAACAUGCUGUAAUUAGCUCUGUCUAAUAUAAUGUACUUCCACUAAAAUAACUCACUUUACAGGAUGGAUUAAUUGAAAAAUAUGGAAAAAUGAUCCUAAUCCUACAUUCAUCGAUCUUGAAAACACUGGAUGUGAGGCUCUAGCCAACAUUCCAUUCAAAAAUAAUGCUUUUUCACUUUCACAGGAAAUUAAAAAAAACUUGUGGUCUAUGAAUGCACUUUGGGAUUGUGACUCAGUAUUCUGUUCUCACACCUAUCAAAUAUAAUCCAGAUUUCUCAUUGUCCUGUUCAGAUGUUGGCAUUUUUAAAAUUCAAAAUCUCUUUGCAGGUGGGACCCUAAAAUCUUUCUCUCUACUAAUAAAUGAAUUUGAUCUCCCUCAAAAUCGAUUUUUCUGAUAUUUACAACAAAGAAGUUAUAUCCUGCCCAUACCGAUGUAUAGAAGUGGCUUUUUCAUGAACUUGCUUGAAAAAAUACAAUAAAAAUCUUCUACUUUAAGGAAGAAAAUUAUAAGUUAUGUUUAUGAUCAGAUGUUUGUCAUCACCCAUAAUUCAAUUAAUUAAAGAAAAAUCAUGUUGCAGCAAUUACAGCAUGUUCCUACAGUGGCCCUGAAGGUCAAAUACAAAAAACGAAGAGAUAAAACACUUAACCUGUAAAAAAAAAAAAAAAAAAAAAAAAAAAGAACAUCAUUGUAACAGUAGGAUAAUUGUGCUGCAGCUGUUACAGUUUCUACGGUGGCCCUGGAGGUCAAAUACUAAAAUAUUAACAGAAUGAAAAAAGAUCUGCAAUCACCAAAAGCACUCAACAAGCAAAAAAAAAAAAAGAUAAAUCAGACAAAAAAAACAACUUUUACAGAAGUGUUGUAAAAAUAGGAAAAUCAAAGUGAUCAUGUUGCAGCUGUUACAGCCUGUUUCUACGGAGGUCCUAAACAAAAAAAAUAAACAAACAAAAAUCCACUGACUGCUAAAACUAUUUCUAAAUUUAAAAAAAACUCAAAGAUUUUUAUAAAAACAGAAGAAAUCCCUGAAACACACACAAACUUUUACAGUGUUACAUCAAAAAUUCACAAAAUUCCAAAAAGUAUCCCAUCAAAAUAAGUAAACUUUACUGAAUACACACAAAACAUUUUACAAAACAAAAUAUUAAUAAUACAAAAAAAUAUUCUGAAAAAGAAUAAUAAAAUUACCCAAAAUAAAACUUAACAAAAGAAAAAAUAUCUAAGAAGCAAAAAUAUCACAAAAUGCACCCCCCUAAAAAACUGUAUAACACAAACAAGAUUUAGUGAAUUCGAAAAACAUAAAAAAACAUUUUAGAAAACAAAAGCUUCAAAAAAAGGAGAAAAUACAAACACACAGAACAAAAAACAGAAAAUAACUUGAUUUUAAAAACAGAGAUGGACAAAGUUCAAAAACAUUUUACAAGACUUUUCUUUAUAAAACAUUUACACAAAAUGCAAAAGUUUCACUCUCAAAGCUGCUUUUACUCUUUUGUUCCUGUCUUUAAAGAUGGCUGCCAGCGUUCUGUGAACGCCACGUCCUCCGCCAUGGAGGAAGGACAAAGAGGAGAGCGUUUCCACUGAUGCAGCAGAUUUGUCGGGCGGCGUGCGAAGCGGCUGUCACAGCGCCGGCGUGCGAGAGACGAUGAAUAAUUGAAGCUCGGUUCAAACAGCUCUUUGGAGACGUUAUUGAGUCCUGAAAGAAAAACAGACUUUAAAUCUGAACCGGGGGACGCUCUGAAACUGGGUUUGACUGUUAGAAAGCGGAGGACAGUCGGUCCUCUGAGACUGUCACAACAUAUUUACAGACAUCACAAUUAAAAAAACUUUAUUUCCUGUCCUGAAAUCAUGAAAACUCAUAAUAAUUAUAAUAAUUUAACUGUAAACUAUCCUCUAAGUGAAGAAAACACCUGUCAGGUUCAAAGAUGCAGACUUCUGUGGUUUAAACUCACCUGCAGUUCCACAGUUUGGCCUCUAGAUGUCUCUGCAGUUCCAUCGGACGUGGGAGUGUUUUUCCAGAGGAGCUCACAGAUGAGAAGAUGAUCCACCGCUAAGGUUCAGCAACACAAAUGUUGAGUGGAAAACUCAGAUAAGAGAUUUUGAUGCACCAAACCCCAUUGAAAAAACAGGAUAUUUAACAAUAAUGUGACGAUUACAAACACAUUUACACCUACGUCUCUCUCAGGACCCUCUAUAAACAGUUUAAAACACUAAAACACUAACCCAGUAAAUUACAUCAAACAUGACUAUGUACUAUGGGGUGGCAGUAGCUCAGGAGGUAAAGCGGUUGUCCUAUUACUGGAAGGUUGUUGGUUCAAUUCCCCCCAUUUCUUUAUCAUUUCCUUUAAGUAAUAAUCCCCAUAUUAAUCAUUUUACAGACGCGGUAGUUCUUCUGUCUUAGCGUCUUGGUCUGAUUGUAUUUCCAUGUAGAAAUGAUCAUAAAUGUUCUUCCUUGAGCUGCGUCACCCCGCUGUAGUCCGUAAUGGACUGGCCUGAGGUCUCUCUACAAACAAGCGUCUGCUGGAAGAGAGUAGGUGAGUUGUGUUUAGUCUCUUUGUUAAAGAAAUGAGUCAAAGUUAAAAAGAUGUUUGGUGUCUAGUACUAUGUCUGUGACCCUAUAUGUACUAACCUCAGUAGAAUACGGUGUAGUUCAGUUCAGUAACAGAACCUCAUUGGAAAAUUAGCUGAUUUAACUUUACUGUGCUCUUGUUCAAAUACAUUAACUCGACAGCACAUAAAUCCAUACCUGUUAACAAAAUCAUGAUUUUAUUGAUAAUUCGGCUCAAUAAAAACACCUUUACCUUUUCAUUUUACUACAGUAGAAGUCUAUUGGCCCAGCUUAUAGACUACAGAAGUGGAGAAAUGCCCCCGCUUAAGUUUGUUUUCUUAGGAGUUAGAACAACUCUGAAUAUAGUACUAUGUCUGUGACCCUAUAUGUCCUGUUGAUGAAGUUAGGUGCUGUUCUGAGCAUUAUUUGUGGCUAUAGAGUGGCGUUUUGGUUGAGCGCGUGGCUCUCUGUAUUACUAUCAUUAUAUUGUUUCAUUUCAUAUUUUUUGACGCCUUAAGACGAAUCAGAUUUUCACAGAUGGCCGUAACUUUCUGUCGCCUAUAGAGAACCUCCACAGAUCUGGUCGAAGGUCUGAUUUUUAUACUCCAGACACCUGAAGUGAUCCCAACGCACGACUUGAAACACAGAGUUAUGGCUGGUCCAGGAUAAACAGAAUAAAUUCAAUAUAAAUUCUCUUUCAAGCAGCACAGAGUCCCAGAGCGAUGAUUAAACGGCCGACUUCUCUUCGGGAACCUAAACGUCACGUCAUGUCUCCAGGAGCGACGGCGUGUCUCCAAACUCGUUUUACAGAUUUUUGUGAUGUUUUGACUCCCGGUGCAUGUUGGGAAUUAGGGAGAUGAGCUCCUGUGAAAGUGCAGAGAGAUUCAAAAAAUAAAAAAACGUCGAGUUUUCAUCUUUAACGCUUUGUUUCAUCAUCCGUCCAUCACCGCCGAUGAUGAAAGGCUCCUCGUUACGCCCGACGCUGUCCGAUCUAAAUUCCACAUCAGACCUCCUCGCUGAGACGGACAGCCAGAGGUUAUUAGAAGGAGCUUCAGGUCCGAGCACCUACACACACACACACACACACACACACACACACACACACACACACACACACACACACACACACACACACAGAGCGCUGCCUGUGAUCUAUGAUUCAUGUGUGCUCAUUUAAAAUAGUGUGAAAUAUUUAAAGUUGGCUGGGCGGCCUCGGAGGGUCGACUGACUGACCUCUCUGCUCUUAUUACUGCAGAGGAGGAGGAGGAGGAGGAGGAGGAGGAGGAAGAGGAGGAGGGUAAUAAAAGUAAAAGAGGACUGGGUACAAGAGAGAAUCACACAGCCGUCCUUCAGUAAUGUUUGAUAAAAGCUGGUGUGAAAUCGAACCUGAAAAUGAGUCGGGGGAGGCGGAGCGUACAGCUGAACUCUUUGGGGGCGUGUCCAGUCAGGACAGACUGAUGAAGGACCUUCAGGGUUUCUUUGAGGUCUUCAUUUAGGGUGGGGGGUUGGUUACGAUCCUCCCAGGUCUCCUCUGGAAACCUGUAGGACAUCAUUCAGAUUUAAUACAAUAUAACAGCCGUGAUUUCACCACCUCUGACGUUAAAGUUAUGCUGAUAAACCCACCUGAUGGACCGUCUCUGGGUCUCCAGGAGGUCCGGGACUCUUGGUGAAAACACCUUCACGAGCCUCUUUGAGAGAGAGGUCAGGAAGAGGAGGUCUGAAGGAGAAGAGACCUUCUUGGUCCGGAUCUAAAUCCUCUCAGCUUCAUCUACGAACCCUUACCUGUCUCAGGUGUUACAGCCUCCAUUCACACCUCACAAGUGCCGCAAAGGACCAAUAAACUUCUACAGUAGUAAAAUGAAAAGGUAAAGGUGUUUUUAUUGAGCCGAAUUAUCAAUAAAAUCAUGAUUUUGUUAACAGGUAUGGAUUUAUGUGCUGUUGAGUUAAUAUAUUUGAACAAGAGCACAGUAAAGUUAAAUGAGCUAAUUUUCCAAUGAGGUUCUGUUACUGAACGGAACUACACCAUGUUCUACUGAGGUUAGUACAUAUAGGGUCACAGACAUAGUACUAGACACCAAACAUCUUUUUAACUUUGACUCAUUUCUUUAGCAAAGAGACUAAACACAACUCACCUACUCUCUUCCAGCAGACGCUUGUUUGUAGAGAGACCUCAGGCCAGUCCAUUACAGACUACAGCGGGGUGCCGCAGCUCAAGGAAGAACAUUUAUGAUCGUUUCUUUAUCAUUUCCUUUAAGUAAUAAUCACCAUAUUAAAUGACCCCAAAGGUUCAAACUGCAGUUAUUAAAGUAAACAAAUAUACGGUCAGGCUUUAUGUGAGUAUUUUCAGAGGGCACAUCUGCAUCAAAAGACCAAAAUACAGACAUUACAGCCUGUUUUACUGCUGCAGGCUGAAACGAUCCAAUAGUGCAAUUCAAGCAAUCGUUAAGGCCCCAAAGAUAUGAAAAUAUAAAAGUAUAUAAAAGGCAUAUCAGGCGUUACAGCCUGACACAAUCCAAAGCCACUUUUCCUAAACUCAUUUAGGUCUCAAAG